UGAACCAAUCAUGAACGCAGACCCCAGGCAAGAACGGCAAUACACAAUCGAUGGACGGCAGGCGACGGGAGACGAUGAUACGACAAGCGUAUCAAACGAAUUGCCCGAUGAUUGGAUUCGUCUCUCACAAUGGGUGCAUUGUUUUUGUGUCGUUACGUUCGAUCUGAACCUGGGCCAGGCACUCGAAUACGUUUAUCCUGCUGAGUUUAUGCCCAGCGAUCAGGAAGUUAGCAACAUUUGCUACAUGGCCUUCCCAGACUCCAACUCUGGCUGCAUGGGCGACACCAAGUUCCAUAUGCGCCUGCGAGCGUUCCAAAAUAUGAAACACCAAACACCCGCCAAUAUGCAAAAUUACAAUUUAGACUGUGCGCCCGCCAUGCGCUACGACAGCAGCCAUUAUUGGGGCUUCGUCUACUUUCGCCAGAAGCGCGAUCCCAAUUUGCCGCGCGGCUAUUUCCAAAAGAGUCUGAUCAUAAUAACGCGACUGCCAUUCUUCAAUCUCUACUAUGAUGUGCUCGCCCAGCUGGCGCCCAAAUACUUCGAGGAGGGCAACGAGCUGCUGCAUCGCGCCUGCAAUCAAAUCAACAAACAGUGGCCAACAUUGAUGGUCGGACAGACGCUCAAACUGCCGCUGCUCGAGUAUAAUUAUCAGAUAUGCAUACCGAAGGCCAGCAGCAGCAGCAGCCGCAAAUUAGCUGCGGCUGCCGCAGUAGCAGCAGCAGCACUGACGCCGCUAUCGACCAGCGAGCAACCGGAACCGAUACCCACAUCUGUCAAAGUGUUGGCGUCUGUCAGCGAACUGGAGCUGUUCCACAGCCUUAGCUAUGUCAUCGACCAUUUGUAUACGCUGUGGGAGCUGGUCAUCACAUCGGAGCCAAUCGUUGUGGUGGGCACCUCGCCGGCCGAUUGCUCGCAUAUGGUGCAGGCUCUGGUGGCAAUGAUAGCACCGCUGGAAUACUGUGCCGAGGCGCGUCCAUAUUUCACCAUACACGACAGCGAAUUCAAGGAAUUCACCCACGAGUGCAGCAAUCGGCCCAUACCAGCUGUCAUACUGGGCGUCACCAAUCCGUUCUUUGUCAAGCUUCUCAAGGAUUGGCCGCACAUGCUGCGACUGGUCGAUAAUCAGAAGAACAUGCAACAGGAGCUCCACAAGAAUACACGCAAUGCGAGUGCCAAACUGGCCCAGCCAAGCAGUCACAAUCACAACAUACUGAAUGGCAGCUUGACUGCUGCUGGGGACAGCUCGGUUGCUGGACUGCAUACCAAGUACAAGCCGUAUUUGAAGAAGGACAAGCUGCUGAUCAAGAAGGUGCUGCUGGGCAUUAAGACCAAGCGGCCGGAGCAUGUGCAGACGGCGCUGAUCAGGCGGCAUCUGUUGGAGUUGACGCAGAGCUUUAUGAUACCGCUCGAACGUUAUAUGGCCUCGCUGAUGCCGCUGCAGAAGGACAUCAGUCCGUUCAAGUCGGCGCCCAAUGCCAGCUCCUUUAAGCUGGACGACUUUCUGGCCACGCUCGAGUCAGCCGGGCCGCAAUUAACCUCCACGCUCAAGGGCGACUGGAAGGGUCUGUACAGACGCUUCGUUCGAUCGCCCAACUUUCGGGGCUGGUACGAGUCGCGGCACCGUGAGCUGCAGCUAACACUGCAAGAUCUGCAGCUGCAGGCGCUAUCCGAGGCCAAUCUGGAGCACUGGGCGCACGACAAGCAGGAGGUGGAAAUAAUUGAUAUGAUACUCAAACUAAAACAGAAACUGAAUCUCUACAGUGAUAAGGCAGCGCUCGAGGGCAAUACAAAUACCACACAGCGGCAGAUAAGGGCGCAGAUAGAAUGUAUGAAAGAGUUGUUGCCAUCCGAUCUGAGGAAUGUUGUGAAUCUUUGAUCGUUUGUGCAGGGCGUUAGCUAAUUUCUUGGUCCGCAGCUCCAAGACCAACCCAACCCGAGCUCCUUGUACUCCUUUACCUUAUAUAUUUUCUAUGUAUGUUUAUGUUUAAGCGAUGGCUGCAAACUGUUAAAUGAUGAUAACAAAGACACACACUGUCAAUCAGAUCGAUAUAUAUAUAUAUAUAUAUAUUCGUAUAUGUGUGUUGCUUGUUGCUUUCCUUAAAGCCCGAUUUAGUGUCGUAAGUAAAUAGAAUUUGUGUACAAAUUAAUCAUAUCCACAAAUGUUUUCC